AUGGAGUACCUGACCACCUUCACGGGGAAGAGCGGGCGCCUCCUUCGGGGCACGGCCAACCGCCUGUGGGGGGUCGGGGGCGGCGGCGAAGCCCGGCAGGUGCACUUCGAGGAUUAUCUCAGGAAACCCGCCCAAGGGGACCCUGGGUGCGGAUCUCCGUCUCACCAGCCCCGGGUGCCGUUCAGCCCAGAAGGACCUGACACUGGCCAAAAGAAGACCCUAGACAAGAAAGAUGGGAGAAGAAUGUCUUUUCAGAAGCCUAAAGGGACUCUUGAAUAUACUGUUGAGUCAAGAGAUUCUUUGAACAGUAUAGCUCUGAAAUUUGAUACAACACCCAAUGAACUUGUUCAGUUAAAUAAGUUAUUCUCGCGAGCAGUCGUUACGGGACAGGUUUUAUAUGUUCCUGAUCCCGAGUAUGUCUCCAGUCUUGAGAGCUCCCCGUCUCUAAGCCCCAUAAGUCCUUUGUCACCAACAUCAUCAGAGGCUGAAUUAGAUAAAACUACUAAUCCUGAUGUAAUCCACCAGAAAGAAGCAACUUCCUCAUCUACUUUUACAGGUAUUCGACCUGUACGAGUUGUAUCUUCAACUUCUGAGGAGGAAGAAGCAUUUACUGAGAAAUUUCUUAAAAUUAAUUGCAAAUACAUUACCAGUGGCAAGGGCACAGUCAGUGGUGUGCUGCUAGUUACACCAAAUAAUAUAAUGUUUGAUCCACAUAAAACUGACCCUUUGGUUCAAGAAAAUGGCUGUGAGGAGUAUGGCAUCAUGUGUCCAAUGGAAGAGGUGAUGUCAGCUGCAAUGUACAAAGAAAUUUUGGAUAGCAAAAUAAAGGACUCCUUACCCAUAGAGCUAGAACAGUCAUCAGCAAGGGAUUUCUGCCAUUUAAGGAAAAUGACAAGAAGCAAUAUUGAUGAAAUAGACUCAAGAGUCCGUGAUGCAGGAAAUGAUAGUGCCAGUACUGCCCCCAGAAGCACUGAGGAGUCUUUUUCUGAAGAUGUGUUCACAGAAUCAGAACUCUCUCCUAUACGAGAGGAGCUUCUCUCUUCAGAUGAGCCACCACAAAAUAAAUCUUCUGGUACAUUAUCAGAAUCUAUGCAAACUGUCAGUCAGACUGGAAUUGAAUGUGUGACAGUCAUAUCGGAGUCUACUAGUAUUCCUGGUCACCUAAAAUCUAACAUUGGAUAUUCUACAAAUGAAGUUGGUACAGUUUCUCAUAAAACUGAUUUAAAUAAUGUUGAAAUAGCCAUGAAGGAAGGAGAUCAGGAUACAGAUAUAUUUCAAGAAGUAUCAGGUCCUGAAGAACAAAGAAGUAUAAAAGAUAAUGGAGAACAGAGUUUUCUUCUUACUGAGAAUUCACUACAUCAAGGAGAAGGUGAAAAAGAAAGUAUGCCUUGUGGGGAAGUAACAGAAUUUAAACAAAAGCAAACUGUCAACAAAGGAAAAUCAGUAAAGGAGCCAAGUCGGGACUCAGAGACAGAGGUAGAAGAGCUACGCAAACUCUGGAAAAUCCAUACUAUGCAACAAACAAAGCAACAGAGGGAAAAUAUGCAACAGGUGUCACAAAAAGAAACUAAGCAUAAAAUAGCAGCUGCUGAUGAAUAUGUAGAAGGUAAGUGUUAGGGGGCAUAUAAAGUUAGCUUAUCUUGUUAUUGCUUUAAUAUCUCAUUUCUCAUUGACUCCAGAGCUGCUGUAUGGACAGACCAUCUGUAUGCGUUCUUCAUUCAGUGGAGUCCAGAAAUAUAUGCAGAAGAUACUGGUGAAUAUACUAGAGAGCCUGGAUUUAUAGUAGUAAAAAAGAUCGAGGAGUCUGAAACAAAUGAGGAUUCUACUAAUGAAGCAGCAGCCAGAGAAUGGGAGGUAGUUUCAGUGGCUGAGUAUCACCGCAGGAUCGAUGCUCUAAAUACUGAAGAACUGCGCACACUCUGCAGACGUCUCCAGAUUACUACAAGGGAAGAUAUAAAUUCAAAACAGAUUACACCAGUAAAAGCAGACCUGGAGUCUGAGUCGUUUCGACCAAACCUUAGCGAUCCCAGUGAACUCUUACUUCCUGAUCAAAUUGAAAAGCUUACAAAGCAUCUUCCACCAAGAACAAUUGGCUAUCCAUGGACUCUUGUUUAUGGUACUGGGAAGCAUGGAACAAGUUUGAAGACCCUUUACCGAACAAUGACAGGUUUGGACACCCCAGUGCUGAUGGUGAUUAAAGACAGUGAUGGCCAGGUUUUUGGUGCAUUAGCAUCUGAGCCUUUUAAAGUGAGUGAUGGCUUCUAUGGCACUGGAGAGACCUUUGUUUUCACAUUCUGUCCAGAGUUUGAGGUCUUUAAGUGGACAGGUGAUAAUAUGUUUUUUAUCAAAGGAGACAUGGAUUCACUUGCUUUUGGUGGUGGAGGGGGAGAAUUUGCUCUUUGGCUUGAUGGGGAUCUCUACCAUGGGCGAAGCCAUUCUUGUAAAACGUUUGGGAAUCAUACACUUUCUAAGAAGGAAGAUUUCUUUAUCCAAGACAUUGAAAUCUGGGCUUUUGAAUAA